AUGACGCCUCGCCUCUUUCACUCUUUGCGGACUUUCGAUGUUGCCUUGACAGCUUCCACCACAUUCGAGUCCGGAAUUAGUCAAUCCCUCGACCUGACUGAGACUAUCCAGACUUCUCAGUCUCUUUCUGACGACUCAAGUCAGUUAUUCGUAACUUCGGUCACGACGGAUACGAAUACUGCGAACUCCGAUCCUACGACAGCGCCCGGGCCGGACGACCAGCUCGUUGUCUUACGGAUCGUUCCAGACACUGAUAACUCAAGACGGAGGCGUAUCAGGAGAGCGGUUGGGGGUUUUGUGGGCUCUAAAUCAGAGGUAUGCCAAGAUGCUUCCGCAUUCAGCCUCUCGGACGGACGCCUUCUCGACGGCGGAAGACCUAAUUAUUACAACGGCGAAGACUUCAAGGAACUGCGUGGUGACCAGACGACAGUGCCCCGUGGAGCUGUCGCUACAACAUUUGCCGGUGACGGUGGAUUUCUCCGGUUCCGCAGCCCUAUCCUACCCAGUGGUGAAGUAGGAGUAGGCUUCUGUCAGAGUCCAAGAACUGGUCUGAGAUACAAAACCUUUACAUCUUCGCCCGAAGGCUGCGUAUCAGUCAGAUUAUCUGUCGUUGGAGUCGAUGAAUGCGAAGAUGGACAAGCGUCUACAAGCGCUGCUCCUACGUCAACCGAUCUCCAGAGCAUGCAACCUACAGUAAACACUGCGGUCAUAUCCGUUCACUUCAGUACAGCGAUUCCUGGUGCUUCUACUGAUCCCUCCGACGCCACGUCGCUCGUGGACUUGACGACACUUGUUCCGCCGUCUGUAGCACCUACACAAACAGGCACCUUUCGCUUUUCUAAUACUUCAACGGCCGACUUUCCUACAGUGCCAAUUGAAACAUCCGAAGACUUUUCUUUCACAAACAUUCCUAGUGUUACAUUCACACCGUCAGACGAAGCAACGACAGAUAUUAAUUUGCCCACUGACGCGCUGUCUUCAGAAUCACCAACAUCCAGCAUCCCCGAGAGGACUACAUCGACAGAGUCUGAGAUAGAUACUCCUACCUCGGAGUCUAAUGAUGGCACUUCCGGCACCGGUACUACCGUCGGUAUAGAGACGACUAUCGACACGGAGACUACCAUUAGCAUUGAGACUGCCAUUAGUACUGAAACUGCCAUUAGCACUGAGAUUAGGAGUACUACAGCAACUUUUGAAUCUGCGAGUACGUCGGACAUAACAACAGAAAUCUCUACAACAACCUCAGAAGCCGAGACUACCACCACCACUAGUCCACCGUCUCGUGCGUACGAGUCCUACCUCAUCAACCCAACAGUACUAUUCAGCGGUGACCAAGACAGCGAAGAUGGAGUCGAGGAGCUUAUUCUUCCGUUCCCAGUUGGACUAUACACCGAGUCCAGUGAAACCAUAUACGUCGGUGUCAACGGGUUGAUCAGUUUGUUUGAUAACUCCAUCGCACAAUCCUCCAAUAACCCAUUUCCGGACAAUGGCCUGCCAUCAGUGGCCAUUGCGGCUUACUGGGAUAACUUGCGGAUCAAAGGGAACGCUGGCUACGAAAUCACCUACAGAGUUUACGACGAUGCUGACUAUCGCGCUGCCAAUAUUGACCGGUGUGUUGUGGAUGCGGACGAUGUCGUCACUCACUUCAUGGUCAUUCUCAGGGCUUACGAUCUUUCGAACCCCGAGUCAGUUUUUAUGCGUUACUUCCAGUCCAAUGGAGGGAAGUCAGCCACCAUAGCUGCACAGAAUUUUGACGAUGCAAAGUCUCAGCAGUUCUCCUGCAACAUGGAAAAUGCAGUGCCAGAUGGAUGCACUGUUCUCUUCUUCCCUAUAGGUGGUGAUGAAAGAGUUGUUUAUGUGCCACCGUAA